AUGCAGACCCACUAUUCUGAUACCCUAGCUGAUCAGAAGAAAGAAUGCCUACAUCAAUUGGAGAAAUGGUCAUUAAUAGAGGAAAAUGCAUUGCAGAAAAUGUCCAGGGCUACUUGGAUUAGGCUGGGUGACUCAAACAACAAAUAUUUCACCGCCAUAAUGAAGGAAAAGCAAACUCAGAAGCAGAUUCUUGAGAUUAACUCUUUAACAGGUGCAACACCUAGCUUACCAGCUGUCAAUAGAUUGGAUAUGAGGAAUGGUCCUUGUUUAUCACAUGCACAACAGACAGAAUUGUGUGCCAAUGUUACAGAGUCAGAAAUCUAUGAUCGGUUGAAUGCAAUUGGGGACUGUAAAGCCCCAAGGAUAGAUGGGUUUAAUGCUUUAUUUUUUAAGAGAUCAUUGCCCAUUAUCAAGAAAGAUGUCUGUGAAGCAGUGAAGGAAUUCUUUGAUACAGGGAUCAUAGACAGGGCCAUAAAUUGCACCACACUCACCUUACUGCCAAAAGUUGCCAACCAGAUACAGUAUUAUCGACUCAUAUCAUGUUGCACAGUAUUGUAUAAGCUGAUUUCCAAAGUCAUAACUCGAAGAAUGCAAAAAGUUAUGAGUCAUAUCAUCUCGGACUCACAAGCAGGCUUCAUCCCGGUGAGAAGAAUAACAGACAACAUAAUAUUAGCUCAUAAGCUUGUUAAGUCAUACAACAGGAAGCACAUUUCUCCUAGAUGCAUGAUAAAGGUGGACUUAAGAAGGCUUAUGACUCUGUAG